AUGUUUAAAGCCACCUGGAUUCGUAAUUCAGGCGAGGACGUCAAAGUAGUUCUCAAAAGCUUUCACUAUUCAGGGAAUAUCACCACAGAUCUCCUACUUGAGGACAAUUCAAACAUCCACAUGAUAGUGAUGGAAUACGCGGAAAAUGGAAGUCUUCAUCAAUAUUUAUUAAGCAAUUUUGAAAAAAUAACGUGGAAUGAAAAAAUAGAAAAAUUGCAUCACAUUGCAACCGGAUUCGAAAAGAUUCAUGAGAAUAACUUGAUCCAUUGCGAUGUUCAUUCUGGAAAUAUUGUACUGGGGGUCGGAGGAGUUUCGGGAUCUAUUCGAAUAGCGGAUUUAGGACUUUGCAAAUCCACCAAUUUAAACACUCCCGAGAACAUAUUUGGAGUAAUCCCUUAUAUGGCACCUGAAAUUUUAGAGAGACGACCAUUCACGCAAGCAUCCGAUGUGUAUAGCUUUGGAAUAUUGAUGUGGGAAUUUACCUCGGGUCAUAAACCAUUCAAGAAUAGAGCUCAUGAUCAUUUGUUAAUACUGGACAUCAUUAACGGAUUACGACCUGAAAUUACUGGAGACACGCCGUCAGUUUUUGCCAACUUGAUAAAAAGGUGUUGGAGCAAUAAUCCAGCCGACCGACCAACCAUGAGUGACAUUGGGCACCAAUUUGAUAAGUGGACCCGGAAAGAAAAUGAAAAGGAUUUCAUCAUUGCUGAAGGACGUAGAAAAAAUAUAAUAAUAGAAAAACAAAGAUCUCAACAAUCGAAAGAUGAUCUCACACAUCCCGGAGCACAUUAUAGAAGCAGAGCUCUAGAUGUUGUAAUUAGCGGGGGAUCGAGAGGUAUUCAUCAAUCAUUUCGCUAA